AUGAAUUUCGCGGGCUUGUCUAGUACCACCAGCUUUAACAGGCCGCUCGACUACGCGAAUAUCGAAACUUACGCCCCAAACAGCCUCACGUCGCACGCUCUUCGCCCGCGACUCGACAUCGCGGCGGACGCGUCGCUCGCGGCGUACCUCCCGUUGUUCCACGCCCUCUCUCGACUCAAGCAGCAGCAGUCAUCCGCGAUUGAUUCCGCGUCGCGCGAUAAUAACGCGUGCAGCCCUCUUCUCUCCAGCGUCAGCCACGGCACCAGCUCUCACAGCAAGACCAACCCAGCCGUCCCGGAGGGUAUUAGUAGCGAAAUGCUGUCUUUUGCUGCGGGAUCUCGGAAACGCGCGAACAGCGAUCCCGAGGUGGCUUGUGGCGCCAACGCUCUGCUCACGCUCCGCGUCGCCGCCGGCGCUUCGUGCGCUGCGGAAGAGAGCACUGACAACAACGCCGUGUCCGCCGACGCGCAACCCCCGAGCUUCCGCUUCCUCUCACCCCGCUCGCAAAACUGCGCCGCCGCGCCGUCCGCGUCGCCCAAGCGCAAUUUCGUGGAUUUAGACCUAAACGCCUCCCCCGACGCGCGACACGAGGUGGACCAGAAAAGCGGCGGAAGCGCCACGUGUACCGCCGGAUCCGCGGAGGCGGAAAAGCCGCAAAAGCGGAAGCGCGGCGGGCAACAACCGAUCAAGACUUGCCCCAAAUGCGGGAAGCAGUUUUCUACGGGGCAGGCGCUCGGCGGGCACAUGCGGAAGCACUGGGACGGCCCUCUGAACGUAAAAACGAAGCAGCUCUUGGCGCAUACUAACGGCACGAGCGUUAGCGAGACGUCGGAGCUCGUUGUUGCCGCUCGAGCGGGGAAACAGCGGAAGCUCAGCGAUGUUAGCGACAUGAAAAGCUCGAAGAAUGUGAAGAGGGAUCUCGAUCUCUCCCUCAGCCUGUGA